UUUUUUAUUUGGAAAUCUCUAGUCUAGAAACUUAAGAGCUUUUCUAAGCAGCAUAAUACUGAAGACUUCUUACAGUCAGGCAAUGAUCAACAGCCUUUAAGAGCUGCUGGGUAGAAAAAAUCGGUUUCUAACACUUGGAUUGCUGGAAUCCUUGUCCUUGCCGUCAUGAAUGAUAUAAAACUUGCGCUCCUUGGAAGUGAGGGAGCUGGAAAGUCAGCUGUCCUGGUAAGGUUCCUAACAAAAAGAUUUAUUGGAGAAUAUGCCUCAAAUUCAAAUUCAUUAUAUCAUAAAAGGCUGUCGAUUGAUGGAAGACAGUUGAAUCUGGAAAUAUUUGAUCCAUGCUCCCAGAGCAGUGAAAGUCGAUGCAUAUUGGAAGAACCUGUGGAAUGGGCAGAUGGUUUUAUUGUGGUUUAUAACAUCAGUGACCGUGCAUCUUUUCUCAACGCCAAAAACAUUAUGCGCCAGAUCAAAGAAGCACGCAUUGAAAACUGCAAAGGUGAAGUGGAAGUCCCCAUCUGCCUGGUUGGAAACAAACAGGACCUGUGCCACGCCCGGCAGGUCUAUGAAGAAGAAGCUCACUCGCUUGCAGUGGAAAACAAAUGCCACUUCCAAGAAGUGUCUGCAGCAGAGCACUAUCAGGAAAUCCUGACCAUGUUCAUCAAGCUGAUCCGGAACGUGAUGGACCAUCUGAAAUACAAAGCGGACCGCCGGAGGUACAGCGGGUCCAAGUCCAUGGCCAAGCUCAUAAACAAUGUCUUUGGCAAGAGAAGAAAGUCUGUGUGAAGAAUGGCUACCGCAAAGGUCACUAGAAAAAUUCAGCCUCCACUUGCGUUCUUACAGGGCUGUGGAAAACAUAUACAGUUGUAGUGAAAAGUUUACUUACCCCAGUGGAAAUUUAUAAUUGCUAGAAAUUUCUCGAAAACAAACAAUUAUAGGAAAAAUCUUUUGUAGCAA